AACAGAAUUUAUCACCGAACUAACCUUCACUGAGGUCCUGUUUCGGCAUAAAAGUGAGAUUCAUGAGACUCGUCUAAGAUGUCUUACAGGAAGGAGCUAGAAAAAUACCGAGACCUGGAUGAAGACAAGAUCCUUGGAGCUCUGACAGAGGAGGAGCUCAGGAAGUUAGAGAAUGAACUGGAGGAGCUGGAUCCUGAUAACGCAUUGCUGCCAGCAGGGCUCAGGCAGCGGGAUCAGACGCAAAAGCCACCGACUGGCCCGUUCAAAAGGGAGGAACUCAUGGCCCACCUAGAAAAGCAGGCAAAGGACGUUAAAGACAGAGAAGACUUGGUUCCUUUCACAGGUGAAAAGAGAGGAAAAGCUUGGAUCCCCAAGCAGAAGCCGAUGGAUCCGGUUUUGGAAAGUGUGACCCUGGAGCCGGAACUGGAGGAAGCCCUUGCUAAUGCCUCUGAUGCAGAGCUCUGUGACAUUGCUGCCAUCCUUGGCAUGCACACCUUGAUGAGUAACCAGCAGUACUAUGAGGCACUGGGGAGCAGCACCAUCGUGAACAAAGAAGGGCUCAACAGUGUGAUUAAGCCCACGCAGUACAAACCGGUUCCUGAUGAGGAACCAAACUCAACGGAUGUGGAGGAAACUCUGAAACGAAUAGAAAGCAAUGAUCCUGACCUUGAGGAAGUGAACCUUAACAAUAUUAUGAAUAUUCCCAUACCAACUUUAAAAGCUUUUGCAGAAGCACUGAAAAAUAACACCUACGUGAAGAAGUUCAGUAUAGUUGGGACACGGAGCAAUGAUCCCGUUGCCUUCGCACUGGCAGAAAUGCUGAAGGUCAAUAACACGCUGAAGAGCCUGAACGUGGAAUCAAACUUCAUUUCUGGCUCAGGGAUCCUGGCUGUUGUUGAAGCACUCCAGGGCAACACAUCGCUCAUAGAGCUGCGCAUCGACAACCAGAGCCAGCCCUUGGGCAACAAAGUAGAAAUGGAAAUCGCGAACAUGUUGGAAAAAAACACCUCCCUGCUGAAGUUCGGGUACCAUUUCACUCAGCAAGGUCCCCGGCUCCGUGCCUCCAAUGCUAUGAUGAAUAACAAUGACCUAGCUCGUAUUCAUCGGUCUGAUGGUCUCUGGCAAUAGCGUCUCAGCUCUACGCCUGGACAAUGUAUAAGUACAGAAAACUUUUCUUUUCCUCCCUGUCAGCAAGAGCUCUCUGCUUGUGCUCCACUCAGUGCUCUACCAUCACCUGAUGCUACCAGAACUUGGUUUUGGUCCUAUAGCUUCUGUCUCUAAGAUGCUCUAUAUGAACCAACUAAGGCGGCUUUUACAUUCAUCCUCAUGAGCUAACUUCUGCAUCCUCUUUAUACAUUUUUUUUUUCCUUUUCUCUCACACAUGUUUAUUGAAAAGUCAUGAGCAUAGCUGUCAGAGCUGUAAAUCAACUUUAAGAGUAGAUAUGCUUUGACCAUGUUAUCCAUGAUCAGAGGACUGACUUAUAGGCUUAAGAUAAGAAACGAGAUAGAAUUUUUUUCUUUUUAAAUUUGAAAGGGCAGUUGAGAAAAACUAGCAAAGGAAAAACUGUGGCAUCCAUCUCCUGCUGUCAGCAUCAGAUGAGGCUUCAGCCAAAGUCAGAUCACAAAGACAAACUGCAUAAAACAUAAUUGACUGCAGCAUAAGGGCAGUAUGCUUCAAAAGUAGCUUCUUGGCCUUAAAAAUUCAUAGGGAGAGAAACCUCACCUUACCUGCCUCGACUUUAAACUGUGUAAGGCCAUGCCUGCUGCUCAAAGCAGGAAUUCAGAAGCUGAUGCUAUCCUGUUUCUUUCCUGGCAGGAAGUAACAUCUCUCAGCUCCUUUCCACAGUGGGUAAGCCAAGCCUGCCAUCCACCUCUUCCCAUUGCCAUGACUGACUCCUCUUCCUCUUCUUUUGCAGUGAGGAAGAGAAGACUUGCAGAGUUGAACGGGCCUAUUUUUCCCAAGUGCAGAACUGGAGUGUAGUUCCUGGCUAUGGAGGUCGUUCCCGGUGAUCUGUGCUGCACUGUGGAAAUCUAAAGGCAAUAAGUGCCUUGACAGAGUAUUUGUGGUGCCUCGGUUCCGUUUUAUGCACUAACAGUUUAAAUGAACUAGUGGCUGUAGUUGAAGAUUUUAUCCAGUAGGACUGUUAAUGUUUUAUGUAGAUUUGGAAACUAUUCAAGCCAGUAAACAACCUCCCAAUUUUAUGCAAUCUCAGUUUAGAGUACAUCCCAGUGUAAAAGUGACUCUUAAUUAACCUGGGACCUGAUUUUUUCUAUAAACUUCCUGCACGGUGUUUCAUACAGUUAGGAUGUGGUAUGCACGAGUGAAAGAUAAAACUGUUCCACACACAUUAUAGAAGUAUUACAAAAACCCUUUAUUUUUGUUUGUUUCCAAAUUGAUCUCAAGUAACUAUAGAGGAGCAACUAGUCUAACAAGCACUUCUACUACCUGGAAACAUGGCUAAUUUUAAUUUUGAAUUACAGUUUUUUUACCAACAUUUGCUGAGUCAAUUAGUUAGAGAUGCUGUUUCAGAUGCAUCCCUGUGUUCCAAAAAACUGAUCUCCACCCCCUGAUUAAAGGGAACUUAAGGCCACCAACUAUAAAAGAGAGUCUCAAAAAUUGAGUGGUUUAGGAUGGGUUAAUACCCUUCUAUACUAUGCACGUCUGAAAAAAAGUCACCUUUAGCGAUGAGGUGCAAAUCCUAACCCCACAGAGAUGGCCAAACCGAUUGGCAAACCAGAGCCCUCUCUUCUGAUCCCCACUCCCUUCAUUUUCCUAACGUUAAAAGCAUGUGUCCAGAUCUUCACUGGAAACAAGUCAAAUUCUCUCUCUUUGCUGUUUUGUCUAGAUGGCCAUGUCCAUUAAUUCAGUUUUGUUCUGCUGGGGAUUGUUUCUUUCACUGCCAUCCCUAAUGUCUGCCUAAAUGCAACAAUAAAUGCUAUGCCCUAGAAAAGCUGUGAAGCAAAAAUACCCUAACUCUGAACUUACACUGCAUUCAGUCAGACAGCUUUUUGUCAGACAGUCUACUACCCGUCAUCUAACCUGGGAGGAAUUCCCUGCAGGCUUGCACAGUGGGUUGGACUCAGCACUAUCCCAUCAGGGAUCCUGCUUGGUAGGAACGAGUCUCCUGGCAGAAGCACUGCCACACUGAAGCCCUAUUCUUGGUCUGAUGACAACAUGCCCUAGAAAAUGUUCUCGCAUGCUAGAAGUCUGUCUGUACGCAUCUGUUAAGAGUGAAGCUUUGCAGCCCUUUACGCAUAUUCCAGCAAAAGUCCUACAGAUUCCUUCAGCGCAAAUACCACCCAUGAUUUAGCUCUGACCAAUGAAGCAGAGAAACACUAUGCUUUCGGCAGUGUGGGAAACAUAUUUGUUGCUCUUCAAAUCUUAAUAAAUGUGCCAGUGGUGUAAAAUAAAACGCUUCUCUAUAGCUUCUUCCCCCUAACCCCAUAAGUUCUGUGUCAGAAAAUAAAAAGAAUGCAGAAGAAAAAUAGUUGAAAACAUAUU